AUCUCUGUUUCAGAAGAGAAGGCGAAGAAAUCGAGAGAGAUCUUUCUGAGUUCAACAAUGGCGGAUUAUCAUUUCGUGUACAAGGACGUGGAAGGAGCGUCGACGCAAUGGGACGAUAUACAGAGGAAAUUGGGGAAUUUGCCGCCGAAGCCACCUGCGUUCAAGCCUCCGCCAUUCGAGCCCGCAGCCGACCAGGAUUCCGCCCCCAAGGACAAGACCUGGAUUGACCAGAAGAACGAGGAAGAAUUAGAAGAGCUUGAGGAUGAUCUCGACGACGAUCGCUUCCUCGAAGAAUACAGAAAGAAGAGGUUGGCAGAGAUGAGGGAAGCAGCUAACAUUAGCAAGUAUGGAUCAGUAGUUCUAAUAUUAGGAUCAGAUUUUGUGCGGGAAGUUUCUCAAGCUGCACCUGAAGUUUGGGUAGUUGUGAUUCUCUACAAAGAAGGAUUUCCAGAAUGUAGACUUCUUUUACAGUGUCUGGAAGAACUGGCAUCAAGAUACCCAGCAACUAAGUUUGUCAAGAUAAUAUCUACAGAUUGUAUUCCUAACUAUCCAGAUCGUAAUCUGCCCACCCUUUUGGUGUAUAACAAUGGUGCGGUAAAAGCUAAUUAUGUGGGAUUGAAUAGUUUUGGCCAGAGGUGCACACCUGAAGGCGUGGCCUUAGUUCUCUGUCAAUCAGAUCCUGUUCUGAACGAUGGUCAAAGUGGAAGCAAUCCAUCAAGGGAGGCCGUGAUUCAAGGAAUUCGACAGAAAUUUAUAGAGAAAGUUGUGACAGAACAUGAAGAUGACAAUGAUGAUGGAUCAUCAAGUGAUUAAAAAUCUUAGUAGCUCAGCUUGCUUUUGUCGAAGGGAACAAAAAAUUAGUGUUAAUGGAUAAUCGUUGUUCUUUCCUGGUUUGCUUUCGCUGCUUUAUUCUUGUUCAGCAUAUGUUGACUUGAAUUUCCAAUGUAUGUCUUUCCAUGUAACUUAGCCUUUUGUAUUGUCUCGUCCAUUCAAUUAAAUUUUAAAUAUGAUC